AUGCAUGUGCUCAGCAGCAACUCCACGUACGCUAGUCGAGUCUGCAGCAGCAGCAGCAGCAGCAGCAGCAGCAGCAGCAACAGCAGCAGCAGCAGCAGCAGCAGCAGUGAGAGCAGCAAAGUAGCAGUGAGAGAAUCAGUAAAGAUAGACGCAGAAGCAGCAACAACAGCAGCAGCAGCUGCAGCAGCAGCAACGGCAGCAAGAAAAACGGUAGCAGCACCAGCAGCAGCAGCAGCAGCAAGCUGCAGUAGCAGCAGCAGCAGCCAAGGCACCGACAGCAGCAGCAACCCUAGCAGCACCAGCAGCAGCAGCAGCAUCAACUCCACCACCACUAGCACCACCUCAACUACCACCACGUGCAGCAGCAGCAACAGCAACAGCAGCAGCAACAGCAACAGAAACAGCAACAGCAGCAGCAACAGCAGCAAAAGCAGCAGCAGCAGCAGCACCACUACCACCAUCAUCAUCAUCACCAUCAGCAAGAAGAAAAUAACAAAACAAUAA